AUGACCUGCAAGCUGCAGAACAGUGAGUUAAAGGCCAGUGUGCAGUUUUUGGGGAACGCUUGCUUGCGAAGCAGAAAGCUGGUGCUGGACGUUGGUUUUAGCACCUGGAGCGCCCGCUUACGUUGGAAGUUUCACCACGGGUGUCGAAAGCGCUGCUCGGCCGGAGACGUUCAUCCCGCGCCAUUGCGGGCGGCGGGAGGAGCAGACCGCUCCCCCCGCUCCGCAGCGGGUGUCGCCGCCCGUGCCCGCUUUCGCCUUGCUGCAGGUGCGGGGCCGCCCCGGGCGGCCUCCCUCCUUUCUCCUCCUCCUCCCCCGGCUCCGCGGUGCCUGGCGGGAGCCGCCUCAGCCCCGCUCGGCCCGCAGGUGUUUCCCGUGCGGCUUCCUUCACAGGUGCUGUUCCGGGUGGUCACCUUCGGGCUGAACGCGUUCACUCUGCGCUACCUCUCCAGAGAGCUGAUCGGCGUGGUCAACGUGAGGCUAACUCUACUGUAUUCAACAGUUGUCUUCCUAGCCAGGGAGGCAUUUCGCAGAGCUUGUUUGAGUGGAAGUACAAAACGAAACUGGACCAAAACAAUUAAUCUAUUGUGGCUGACAGUCCCUCUUGGUGUUUUUUGGUCUAUUUUCUUGGGCUUCGUCUGGCUACACUUGCUUGAAGUACCUGAUCCUUCUGUGGUUCCUCAUUAUCAGGCUGGUGUAGUGGCAUUUGGUCUUUCUGCAAUUAUUGAGCUUCUGGGAGAACCGUUCUGGGUUUUAGCACAAGCUCAUUUGUUUGUGAGACUUAAGGUUAUUGCUGAAAGCCUUUCAGUAGUGUCAAAAUGCAUUUUGACGGUUAUUUUAGUAGUCCUUUAUCCUCAGUGGGGCCUCUAUGUUUUUUCCCUGGCUCAGCUUUUAUAUGUCAGUGUUCUGGUAACGUGCUAUGUAACUUAUUUUGUGAUGUUUUUGGGGUCUCCUGAAGCAACAAAGAAGUCAUUUCCAGUUGCUAGAAUGAAAGCUUUAUUACCUAACUUGGUGGAAGAUGAGACCUUUGUUAACUGGAAGGAAGCAUGGUUGACUUGGAGUUUCUUCAAACAAUCCUUCUUGAAACAGAUUUUGACAGAAGGUGAACGAUAUGUGAUGACUUUUUUGAACGUGUUAAAUUUUGGAGAUCAGGGUGUGUAUGAUAUCGUGAAUAAUCUUGGUUCACUGGUGGCCAGGUUUAUCUUUUUGCCUAUUGAGGAGAGUUUUUAUGUCUUUUUUGCUAAAGUGUUGGAAAGAGGGAAGAAUGUAAAGGAUCAGAAGCAGGAUGAUGUCGCUAUGGCUGCAGAUGUGUUAGAAUUGCUGUUGAAACUUGUGCUUCUCAUUGGCCUUACCAUCACGGUUUUUGGCUAUGCCUAUUCUCAGUUGGCUCUGGAUAUUUAUGGAGGCUCAAUGCUCAGUUCUGGAACAGGUCCAGAUCUUCUCCGAUGUUACUCGUUAUAUGUCCUAUUUCUUGCUAUCAAUGGAGUAACGGAAUGUUUUACGUUUGCUUUGAUGUGCAAAGAGGAGGUAGACAGGUACAAUUUUGUUAUGCUGGCCUUGUCCUUCACAUUUCUGUGCAUCUCUUAUUUCUUGACCCAGUGGCAUGGCAGUAUAGGCUUUAUCCUUGCGAACUGCUUUAACAUGGGUAUUCGAAUAGCUCACAGCAUCCACUAUAUCUAUGAUUACUUCAAAGAAAGCACUUACAGACCUUUGACAGGCUUGCUCCCCUCACCGUUUUUGGUACUCGUUUAUAUCAUAAGUGGAGUAAUCACUGGUUUCUCAGAGGUAUUCUUCUGCUGCGAUAAGGGUUGGAUGGCAAGGCUGAUUCACGUCAGCGUGGGGGCUCUGUGCUUUGCAGCAACCAUCGUUACUAUGUUCUGCACAGAGACCAAGCUGAUCCACUUUGUCAGAAGCCAGUUCCUCUCCCGGUAUAUGAAGAAAGGAACAUGAAAUGCUCAUGUGCAGAACAGUUCUUGUACAUGCUUGCAGUAAAGGGCUGUAUUUUUUGCAUACGAUCUGUACGGAAAAAGAUUUCCACAUGUGUUUAUUGGAAGCAUUGAUAUUGGAGUGGCACUGUAAAAGAUUGCGAACUGAAUAUUAUUUUGUCUUCUAAACGGGUCAGUAUAGUGAAAGAGGGCUGAGUAAUUUUCUCUUUAUGCAUCAUUCUUUUCUAAGCUUUUCUUCAAACAGCCUUUUUGGUAAUGAAUGAAGAUCUAAGAAACACCCUUCUGACAAUCUAGUUGACGGAUUUCAUGGAGAGAGCUCCCAUUCUUACCAAUGGGAAGUACACGUAUGAAGGUGUCAUGGCUUUCAUCUUAAGGUGUAAUUAGGAAUGCCCUUAUUUGGCAUGGUGGGCUGCUUAACUGGUUAGAAAAUAAAUGAUUUGACCAAAAAAACCACCCCCAAAACCCCCCAAAACAGAACAAAAGCCGAAGAAAACACUAGAGCAAGGACCAAUAGCAGUAUUACUGUUACUGAAAUAUAACAUAAGGCGGUGCAGGGAGAUUGGGUUGUCAGUGUUUUGAAGUGUAAAGCAGUGAACAGAAAGUUCUGUGUUUACAAGUAAAUUAAUGGCAUACACAGCAUGCGUCCAUGCUAGCUAUGUAGGAUUAUUUCAUUCAGCAUAUCAUUCAUUUAUGAGGGU